UUAGGGGAGCGCAGAGCGGACGCAGCAGCGCUUUGACUUUGGACUUUGUCAUCAGCGUUUAUAGUGGCUAUCUGGGAAUAUAUAUGUGUACUUGCCAGUGACACCUUCAACACGUUUGUUUCAUUUUGCGGUCGAUGAUUAGUUGGAAUAUUGUUUGACAUGGAAUGAAAUUAACUGUAGCCUAAUAUGUUGAAUGCUAAUUGUGCAUUUUAGUGCUCGAGUAGGCUCGACUACCCGAUAGAGCUGCUCACUCUGUAAAUCUUUUUCGAUGUUGGAACGGUCAGCAGAGGAUAAGGACAUGGACGACUUCAGACGGGUCGCCUUCCGGAGGAAACCCCGAACUUUUGUCGAAUCCGACAUGGAGCAUGAUGAAUAUUCAGCUCUAAGCAGCAGCCCCAGUGAACGCGGCAGCGGCCCCCGCAGUGCGAGAGUCAGUCAGACAGGUCUGUGUGGGAAGAGUCCCAGUGAGAAGAGCAGGAGGGGUGUCAAUGGAAGAGGCUUGGCCAGCAGGCCCUCACUGCAGCCCAAACCACAAGUGCCUCCGAAGCCAGUGCACCUCCAGAGCCAGGUGACGGUGCCUGCUGGCCCCCUGCUGGCGCUGGGGCGCGUGGAGAGAGGACUCUUCAGAGCCACCAUGGAGGAGGGAGGAGGAGGGGCGGUGACUGGGAAGAGGCGGGAGAAACCCUCCAAAGUCUUGGACCUCAUCAACCACUUUGAGGAGAACAGCCAGUCGGAAAUCAAGAGGGAGGGCUCGCCACUGAAGCAGCUUAGCAAGUCCCCCCUCUGCAGUCCGGCUCACCGGUGCUACCAGAGACAGUCUGAGCCCAAACAACAGGACAACAACUUAGGCUCUGUCCCAGGAACGCCACAGGAUGCUCACAAACCAGCGACUAACGGGGUGCUAGCCCAGAUGGACAGAGACAGGGACAGGGAGAGUGGAUCCCCCCUGAGGACCGACACUGCCCUGGUGAAUGGGGACAUGGGGUACAGGAGCACAGAGCAGAGUGGGGAUAACUCCCCUACAAACACAGAGACAGAGACCCUUCCCGAGACAGAGACCCUUCCCGAGACAGAGACCCAUACCGAGACAGAGACCCUUCCCGAGACAGAGACCCAUACCGAGACCCAUACCGAGCCAGAGACCCAUACCGAGCCAGAGACCCAUACCGAGACAGAGACCCAUACCGAGACAGAGACCCAUACCGAGACAGAGACCCAUACCGAGACAGAGACCCAUACCGAGACAGAGACCCAUACCGAGACAGAGACCCAUACCGAGACAGAGACCCAUACCGAGACAGAGACCCAUACCGAGACAGAGACCCAUACCGGGGAGGACAGUGAACCUACAGGAGACCCCCAACCGGAACAAAGGAAGGAGGAGGCCAUUGUAGAGCAGAAGGUACCGGAGACCAACGAACAGAAGCUGCACAAGAUUGCCAAUGAGCUCCUGAAGACGGAGAGAGCCUACGUCACACGGCUCAACCUGCUGGACCAGGUGUUCUGUGCCAAGCUGAUGGAGGAGGCUCUGAAGGGCACGUUCCCUGUGGACGUGGUGAAGAACAUCUUCUCCAACAUCUCCUCCAUCAACACCUUCCACAGCCAGUUCCUGCUGCCUGACCUGGAGAAACGCAUGGGAGAAUGGGAGUCCACCCCUCGCUUGGGGGACAUCCUGCAGAAGCUCACGCCCUUCCUGAAGAUGUACGCAGAGUACGUGAAGAACUUUGACAAGGCCAUGGAGCUGCUGAAACAGUGGACGGACCGCUCUCCACAGUUUAAAGCCAUCAUCCAGGACAUACAGAGUCAGGAGGCAUGUGGUUGUUUGACGUUGCAGCACCACAUGUUGGAGCCGGUACAGAGAGUUCCCCGUUACGAGAUGCUGCUCAAAGACUACCUGAAGAAACUGCCUCAGGACGACCCCGACCACCGAGACGCAGAGAAGUCAUUGAACAUCAUCGCCAUGGCAGCCACACACUCCAACAGUGCCAUACGAAAAUCUGAGAAUCUGAAGAAGCUGCUGGAGAUCUAUGAGAUGUUAGGGGAGGAAGAGGAUAUCGUCAACGCCUCCAAUGAGUUCAUCAAGGAGGGACACAUCCUGAAGCUGGCUGCCAGGAACACCUCGGCUAUGGAGAGAUACCUCUUCCUGUUCAACAACAUGCUGUUGUACUGCGUGCCCAAGUUCAGCCUGGGAGGGCCCAAGUACACAGUACGCACCCGCAUCGGCAUCGAGGGCAUGAAGGUUCUAGGGACCACCAACGAGGACUACCCCCACACCUUCCAGGUGUCUGGCAAGGAGAGGACCCUGGAGCUGCAGGCCAGCUCUGAACCAGACAAGGACAAUUGGAUAAAGGCUUUUCAGAAGACCAUUGAGAUCUUCCAUCAGAAGAAUGAGACGUUCAAGUCAGCCUCCAAAGACGUGUUGACGGCAGAGCUGGGGAAACGUGCCCCUCGCUGGAUACGGGACAAUGAGGUGACAAUGUGUAUGAAGUGUAAAGAGUCCUUCAAUGCUCUGACACGACGGAGACACCAUUGUCGAGCCUGUGGCUAUGUUGUGUGUUGGAAGUGCUCAGACAACAAGGUGGCCCUGGAGUACGACAGCAACAAGAUCAACAAGGUCUGUAAGGACUGCUACUCCAUCCUGACUGGAGAGGAGAAGGCCGAGGGCAAGAAGAAGGGUAUUCUGGAGAUCGAGGCGGCCCAGUUCUCCGGCAGCAGCAUCAUGUGUGGCUUCCUGCAGUACUGUGAGAAGAACAAGCCCUGGGGGAAGGUGUGGUGCCUCAUCCCAGAGAAGGAGGCAUUAGUUCUCUACCUCUACGGAGCGCCACAGGAUGUGAAGGCCCAGUCCACUAUCCCUCUGCUGGGUUACUCUGUGGAAGACAGCCCCCGGCCUGCUGACCUUCCAGCCAGCUUCCGUUUGUCACAGUCCAAAUCAGUCCACAGCUUCGCGGCCGAGAGCGACGAGCUGAAACAGCGCUGGCUCAAGGUGAUCCGGGUGGCCGUGACUGGGGAGGUGCCCGAGUGCCCCCCUCCCAACGAUGCCACGGGCACCAUGGCCAUAGAUGGCGCCCAGGAGAUGAGCUCAGACAGCUGAAGAUUGCCAGAGACUUAUGUGCAUUUAUGCACACACCACUCCCAUGCUACCCUCAUGGACACACAGUGUGGAAACUCAGUGCUAGAUAAGCUGCCUUCCCUUGCCAAUCCACACCUCUCUUCCUUCCCUGAGUGGAUUCUACCAAUCAUAAGCGAGGCCAUGAUUGGAUCUCACAGCUCCACCAAUAGAGCUGUGCAUUACAAUCAUCAUUAGAGUGGAGCAAGGAGGAGGGGACCUCAGGACGGUCUCUGCUUCACUCAGACAGACAGGCACUAUUCAGGACAACCUGCCUGGGGCAUCUUGUACACUGAGGACACCAAGGUCCUCAGGCUUUACUGGAGAUGCCUGCAGGCCCAAUAGAUAUCCUCCAGCUUCAUAGACAUGAGUCUAAUGAUGUGAAUCAAGAGACUGGCUGUCUGGACCAGGGUUGGGGUCAAUUCCAGAAGUACACUGAAAUUCCAAUUGGGAAUAUUUGGAAUUGGACGAACCCUGGUCGGUACAUUGCAUCAGCCCAUGUACAUAUGUGUUACUCAGUUUUCCCUGACAGGGACAAAUGCAUUUUUAUGUACAGAGAAGCAAUGCUCUCCAUAUGUUUUGAUAUCUGAGCUGUUGAUCCUGUACAAUGUGUACAUCAAAGUAUUUGCAGUGUUUAUGCUUUUUUUAAAUUUUCUUUUUUAACUUCGAGACAUGGGUGAAGUGUUUCAAACUAAAAAGGGUCCUUGGACAGUAUCACUAGGAAAGUUAUCAGUCCUCACUUCUCCAAUCAUGUAGUUUCACAUCACAGUAGCCAGGAGCCAUGUUCUACUGGCAAGAAUAGAAUGAGUUCCUCUAGAGCCUGGGUCAAUGUCCCAGAAAGACUUCAGCAAUCGAGAGGAUCACUCUACACUUUAAUUGCUGUAAGUAACCCCAUAAGAAAACAGGAAAUGAUGCAGAAGUACUCACCCAUCCAGAACAGGCUUCAAUCCAAACAGGCUGAGGGAUUGCCUCUCUAGCCAGGCUAGGCAUUCGGGGUACUCUGCUGCACUCAUUCUAAGCUGGAUCAACCUUCCUCGCCUUGGAAUCCAAGAGAGUCACAGAGUAACCUCUUAAGCAACCACAUCCCGGUCACAAUAAUGUGUUGAAAAGUGUACUACUGCUGUGAUCAUUAGAGGGGCCUUUCUACUCUAAUGCUGUAUAGUAUGAAUGAAGACAGACAUACACACACCCAUAGGGCAGUAUUGAGGAUGAGAAUUAAUGGUUGUACAGCUGUAGUUACCUAGCCCCACAGCCCUUUUGUAGACAUGUAUAUAUCGGAAUAUAGAAUAUACAUACAAAGCAUUUAUAUAUGGUGGGGUUUUCUAUGUAACUGACCCAUAGGGAUGACAGACUACCACUGACCCAGAUCCUGUCUUCUACAUAGGGACAUCACCCCUCGAAGCGGCACAGAGGUAAACAUUAUGACCAGGUGGGGAAAGAAAUGUAAAUGUUUUAAAUACUGUACCUAAUUUUAUUUAAAAAGUAAUUUAUCAAAUAUGCACAUGAUUUAAAAUAAUUAGCACAAAAGUAAUAUCCCUCAAAUUUCCAUGUGUUCUGUCCGACACAGCCAAGCCAGGUAGACUAACAGAUUUACUAAGGUUUUUUGUCUUGUCCCUCAAUGCAAACCAUAGAUAGCUGUCCCUCAAUCUCUAGUAAGGUGUCACUCUCUCCAUCCUGUGAUUGCAGAAUCCUUUGUAUAGAAUGGAAGCGGGUAAUGUGCCUAUAACCUCUGUUCAUAGGUUCUACUGUUCCAAACCUCUAUUCAUGGUCUGAGUGUGACAUGGCCUCACUGCACCUCUCCAAUCGCAGUUCUGAUACAGACAAUGCAGAAGAGCACAACAAUCCUGUCUUAUGAGAUCUGAACGUAAAACCAGGUUUUGGACGUUUGUCCACUCUCCCGAUCCCCCUCCCCAAGGUUUGAGAAUCUACGCACUUUACGGUCUUAAUAUAAAGUGUACCUUGUAAGAAAAUAAAGUUGAAGUAUUAUGGAA